AUGCCAGAGCUGUAUCCUGAUAUUUGGCGCCAUAUUGCCUCAUUUAUACCUCGAAACGACCUGGGUCGACUAGCUGGCGUCAAUCGCACAUUUUUCGAGCUGGCCAUGGCCAACUGGAAAUGUGUAAAGUUCUCCACAGGCGCCAUACAGCUUAGGUUUUUGGAAAGGCUUUGUGACCCUUUUCUAGGGAAAUGGAUUCGAAGCUUAACUCUAAUUUUGUACCGAAAUCAUGGACCACCGCGAAAGAAAGUCGGAAAUAUUCAACGACGUAUAUCCAGUCUAGUAUCAUCUUUCAGACUUUUUCGCGGAGCGAAUAGUCAAGCUCGUAGGCAGCGAGAUCCUGAACCCGAGCUAUUUGCCGACUUUGAAGAAGUCCUUGAGUCUAUCGCUGCAGCUGCACCUCAGUUCGUCGAAAUUCGAGAAUUGUCUAUUAGAUGUACAUGGAAUUUGGAGCCAUCCCUGACGCACAGAUCGAUGCGUCCCCUGGUAUCCGCCUUCUCCUCCGCGGCUGGAAUCCGUCUCUGUUGCCUGACGCUGGAAGCCAGCCUCGAAGAGCUUAAAGUUAUGCUUGAACAGAGGCCUAUACUCUAUUCUUUGGAAGAGCUUAAUCUCGUUUUCAAGGAGGAGUCGCAUACAGGCAACGCCAAUAGUGGUAAUCAAUCAAUCCUCGUUGACAUCAUUGCGCCUUUUAUACACAGUCUAGGAGCACAUUUAAAGACACUGUCGAUUAUGUCUUUCUGUAAAAGAGAACAUCAAGAACUCGAAGAUUUCUUUCUGGCAAUGGCUCCCAUGAACUCCCUGAUAAGACUGGACAUUCGUUCGGCGUUUAUCAGACCGUCUCGGUAUCCCCGAAGUCUUACAACACUAUUCACCGAAAAUCUACAACAUCUGUCACUCCCUGUUAUACCUUUCAAGUUACACCUAGAGCCUGCCGUUCAGGAGACUCUUAGAGACUGGUUACUAUUGUGCAUCUCGAAUGAAAACCUGUUUACUGGGCUGCGGUCUCUGGAGAUUUAUUCCACCAAAACAAUGGAAAGCAUUGACAUUACUUUGGCUUACAUCCAUAGGACAGCGCCGCAUCUCUCGCAGCUGACAAUUCGUUCGCAGCCAUUGCAACCGAACAAAUUCUCCAUCUUGGCGCACGCGCUAGGUCAUUGCCACCAUUUGACGGACCUAUCGUUCAAUAUUCACCGAUUGGGCGUAGUGGUAUUCGAUCAGCUAUCCCGUGAACUCCCGUAUCUUUACCGACUCUGUAUCUCCGUCAAAGAAAGACUUGACCUCGCAGAUAACAGUGAAUCAACCGAUCUGAAGAAUAGAUAUUACGCCGACUGGAAUAUUAAAGAUAUCUGGAUCAAGAAUUCUGACCAAAACGUACGUCGAGAUGUUAUGCUCAUCAUCGUUCGCAGCCUCCCUUCUGCACGGUAUCUAUUCGGUGUUCCAGUUUCGGCCUAG